AUGGGCAGUGGAAGUGAAAUAAAUAAUGGAGGCAACAAAAGUGGCACAGGUGUUUAUUCAUCUGAUGGCCAAGGCUUUUGUCUUCGAUGGAAUAAUCACAAGUCGAACUUGGUGGAGAUUUUGGAGUCUCUCAUCAAGAUGGAAUGUUAUGUUGAUUGCACAAUUUAUGUUGAUAAUCACGUACAAUUCAAAGCACAUCGCGUCGUACUUGCAGCAUGUUCGCCAUAUUUUCAAUUAAUCCUUCAAGAUGCACCGCAAGAUCAUUGCAGUAUAAUUUUUCCAGGCGUUCAAGAAUUUGAAAUGAGAACGCUUCUUGAAUAUAUUUAUGCGGGAGAAGUAAACAUAGCCGAGUCUCAAAUUCCACGCAUCAUGAAAAUUGCCAAAAUGUUGGAAGUUAAAGGUCUUCUCGAUAUGGUUGAUCUCACGAGUAAUAUAAGCCAACAACAGCAUCAACAACAACAGCAACAGCCCAUCACAAGUCCACCAAGCAGCUUAUUUCGACCAUCAUCAAAUCCAAGUGUAUCGACAGAAGCAAAGCGUGACCAUUUAACCUAUCAUCAUCCGCUAACACAUUCAUCACCAAUCAUCACAACUUCAACUAAGAUCUCAUCAGCUCAGAGUUCGUCAUCACCACCUUAUCCACAUAAGUCGCCAUAUAUCGCUAGUUUUUAUUCGCAAAGUACAAAUAAUUCUCGUGAACUUUUACCUGGUGCUCCAGUUCAGGAAACUUCAGAAGAGAGAAGAAGUCAAUGGCCACCAUUGCCAUUACCUUUGUCACGUUCUGCUCAAUCUAUGCUCAGUUCAGUUUAUGAAUCAGGAUCUGAUAUGAAUCCAUUAAAACGUAAGAAACUCUCAUCUAUAAGCUCAAUGUUAAUGACACGUGACACGCCGAUCCUAAGGAAUAAAUUCAAAGACGAAGAACCAUCAUCACCAUUUACUGAUAGAUCAUUUGAUGAUGAACCAUUGACAGGAGAAAGAAGAACAUCACCACCAGAAUUUUUAGCUGACAUGAGACUACCAGCAGCAUAUUUGCAACAACAUCAACUCCAGCAAGCUCAAUACCAUCAACAACAUCACGGUCAAGGUGGUCAAGGCAGUUCAGGCCAAAAACCGGAAUGGAAGCGUUACAAGCAAUAUACGAGAAAUGACAUCAUGUCGGCUAUUGAAUGUGUUCGUAAUGGAAUGAGUGCGCUUCAAGCAAGUCGUAAAUUUGGUGUGCCAUCACGUACUCUGUACGAUAAAGUGAAGAAGUUAGGAAUAACAACGGGAACGCCGAGAAAUCGUUCAUCAAUGAAACGUGAAAGUCGAGAAAAUUCAGGUCCAUGUUCGAGUAGUGCCGCAUUUCCUUAUGGAUCUUUAAGUGGAGCUGCUGGUGCUUUUGGUCUCUAUCCAAAUCAAGAUAACCAAUUGUCACAGUCACAAGACUUCGAUCCAGAACUCGAAGAAAUGAGAAAUCAACAUCGUGCAAAUCCACAUCCAGCCAGUUUAUUGGAUCCCGUUUUUCUGCAAAAAGCGCUUGAAGCACGAACUGGUGAAGAUUUCAGAGGUGACGCUUUACAUGCUAUGGCACUGGCAGCAGCGGCUCAUGCGCAACUUAAUGGAAUUGGACAAACCAGUCCACACGCCCACGGUUCGCAAAGUCCGAGUAUGCUUUCAAAAUACAUAAAUCGCAACCUCGGAGUUGAAAUGAAUCGUGAAAGAGAACGUGAAAGGAGUCGUUCAAAUGGAGAACAAACAUCAUCAUCAAUAAAAAGGGAACCAGUUGAAGAAAGUGAUGAAGACAUGGACACAAUGUCGGAAAGGGCUGAAAAUCUUUCACUUUCAAAACGUGAAUCUCCACCACCAGUAACACCACCACUUGUUCAUACCCCACCGUUUACUACAACCGCAAAUGAACAACCACGUGGUGUUAUUGUACCACCUAUGAAAUAUUCAUCACCACGUUCAGAACCAUCGUCAACAACCCCACCGAGUAUAAUGGAACAACCAUUAGCUCUUGAUAAAAGUGAGUUUAAAGCUAAUCUUUCAGAUCCAUCACCACUUGCACUCACGCCAACAACAACGGCAAAUUACGACGAAUAA